AUUCACCGGAAAACACAUUCUGAUCCCCCUUUCUUAGGAAACUAUUAUCCCGUCUGCGUCAGCGAACAGCUUGAUAGCAAAUGUUAAUACAUGCUGUUGAAGACACUAUGAAUUCCAACAUUUCCAGAUUGGUCCUUUGUUUUGCUUUGGUUGGUCUUGUGAAUUUACAGUUGCUGUAUGAUGGACAUUCGGAGAACCAAGAAUGUGAAGUGAUGGAGAUGCUGAGGAAAGCACUGAGCGAUGGAGAAAAUCUGCAAACCCAAGUUACUCAGUUGAAUAAGGAAAUACAAGUGUUGAAAAGAUGGAUGAAUGGAGAAAAUCUGCAAAAGCAAGUUACUCAAUUGAAUAAGGAAAUUCAAGUGUUGAAAAGAAGGAUGCAUGGAGAAAAUCUGCAAACGCAAGUUACUGAACUGAAUAAGGAAAUUCAGGAGUUGAAAAGAAGGAUGGGUUGUCCAAAGAACUGGGUGUUGUACAAUAACUCCUGCUACAAACUAUUCUUGUCGAAAGAAUCCUGGAGCGAUGCUCAAGUUCGGUGCUCUUCCUAUGGGGCGGUGUUAGCAGAGAUAACAACGGCGGAAGAAAAUGCCUUUAUUGUGAACACUAUGCUACACAAUGCUUCCACGAUUUCGGUUGGUGUUUGGGCAGGAGGAACGGAUGCCAGAAAAGAAGGGGAGUGGAUAUGGUGGUCCACCAACACCACAAUGUCAUUUAUUAACUGGAGAGAUAAUCAACCUGAUAAUUGGUAUACAACUGGUGAACAUUGUUUAGAAUUGUCAAAAGGCUUUGAGUGGAAGUGGAAUGAUUAUCAAUGUCACAUUGAAAUAGAAUUCCUUUGUGAAACUGAAGCAAACUACUAAAAAUACAGAAAAAAUCAAUUUUGUGGUCUGAAACAUCUAAUCAGAUGUGGUUGUCGAAAUGGUGUGCUUUCUUUUACUCAAACAAAGUUGGACAUUAUGGACGUUUAACAGAAAUAUUCAUGACACUUUAUGAUUUUCUUUUCACUAAAACUCUAACAGCUAAUAAAUCAGAUUCCAUAAA